AUGUGUUGUAAGCACUUCUUCGGUUUGUUUCUGUGGCUUUGCCUACAAUUGUGUCGAUUCGGUGUUUCUCUCGCGCUCUAUGAAAAGUGCAAUCAUCAGUUAAAUCUUCAGGCCGGGCAAAAGAUUUAUGUUAAUUCACCUUACUAUCCUGGACUAUAUCCUGCCGGCAGUUCCUGUCGUUAUACGCUCCAAGCACCCAAGGAUCAUGUGCUACAUUUCAAGUGUGAUCUACAACUACAUACGCUUGUUAGGGACACGCGAUGCCGCACGGAGAUGUUUCACUUCAAUGCCGAGGGCGACGAGCUGUUGACGAGCUCCGAAUAUUUUUGUGGCACUGGCAAAUUCGAGCGGCAAAGUUUUCUGAAUCGUGCUGUGAUUUCCUACAUCUCGCAGAGGAAGGAGGCGUCUCCAGCUACUGCUGCUGCUGGUGGUGUCCUGGUGCCAAAGUUAAAGGAUAAGCUGCCAGCGCAAAUCACAAGUGCCAGCAGCACAAUCACGAGUACGACAAGUACAACAACUACACAGGCACCUCCAGUUGAGCAGGUGGAAGUUGGAGAAGAGGAUGAGAAGCAAGCCGCUUCGGAGGAGCAGGAGGAGGAUGAUGAGUUUUCAAACGAGGUGCUACACGUGCUGCAGGAUGUGGGCGUGAGCGAUGCCUUGGCUUACGUCGCCUCGCUGCUCUUCGAUGAAAGUCGGUAAAAAAGGCGCACUCCAAAGACUUCCGCAAAACGUGCCAAAAUUUUAUCCAUUUAUCCACUUGGCACCCAAAGCGGAGGUGGGCGUUUCUCUUGCCUCGUCGAAGCCAUUUUACCUCAGUGUAACUGCGGCUGGAGUCUCACUCAACGGAUCGCCAGUCCAACAAAUGACGAGGCUUCACUCCAUGAGUUUCCCUCCAUGGCCGGUGUGCUGACCAAGAAGCUGGGCAGAGUCUUUUGUGGUGCUGCGAUCAUUCAUCAUCAUUAUCUGCUGUCUGCCGCACACUGUUUCCUCAGUGCCGAGACGAGUCAAGCUGCUCUGCUACGUAUUGUGGUUGGGGAGCAUGAUCUGUCCACCGCCUACGAGACGCUCUUCACCCGUCACUACGAUCUAGAUGCCUUGAUCCUACAUGAACAGUUCAGCCAAUCGAAUGGACAGCUUCGGAAUGAUAUUGCUUUGCUGCGCACUCGCUUGCCCAUCUUGUGGAAUCGCAGUGUUGGACCCGCUUGCCUGCCCCUGCAACCAGCUGAGAAUGGCAAGAAGUUGCCUCUUGUGGGUCAACAGCUCUUGGCAGCCGGUUGGGGCACCACAUCGUAUGGCGGACCACAGACUGCGCGUCUGCUGAAGACAACGUUGGAUGUGAUCGGGACCGAGCAGUGUCGCAGUUCAUUGAGCGAGGGUUCGGUGCCGUUGCACAGCUUCUGCACUUAUACGCCGGGCAGGGAUACGUGUCAGUAUGACUCGGGAGGAGCUCUGUAUGAGCGAAGUCAUGGGCGUCUGAUGGCUGUGGGCAUUGUUAGCUAUGGCUAUGCGUGCGCCACUCAACAGCCAUCGGUGAAUACACGAGUUGCCUCGUUCAUCAAGUGGAUCAGAGCGAAGACACCUGAGGUGGCGUAUUGUGCAAAGCAGACGUGAAGCGAGGUAUCGAUUAUGUAGCAUACUUAUCAAGUGUCAAGUGGGUGUCAAGUUUGUCGCUUCGCAUCGACGCUUCUGCAAUUGAAACAUCAUUCAAUUCCAGUCAUCAAUGAUGCAUGGAAAUCUUUCGCCUCGCUGGCUCAACGCUUCCCCCAGUUUGCAAUUAAGCGCAAAUGUCAACUAAUUAACCUCAAUGCAGCGCUUUUUCUAUCUCUGUCAAUAACGAUACUGACUGUUAUUUAUCUAAAGGUUUUUUUUUAGGGCUGUGCAUUUGCUUGCUCUUUUUGCUGUCUGUGUUGUCUGUUGUCGUCUUCUUUUCAAAUAAAUAAUUAAACGUUUGGCAUAACAUAUGAAUCAUGCUUUUAGGCUUAAAGGCAAUACAAAUCGUCGUCGUCGUCUGGCAGUCGCUGUCAAUGUGGUGACUGCUAUUUUUGCGACGAGUACAGCCCUUUCUUUUUUUAUUACUUCUUUUUUUAGUCGUUGUUGUUGUUGUUGAUUUGCCUAACUGCAAUGCACUUUUUCAAUAGUCCCCCCUUCUUCUUCUUCUUGUGUGUUAUGUAUGUCUAGCUAAGCUGCCUUUGCCUGCAUUUGGGCGCUGUUGCAGUAUUGGCUGCUGCUGUUGCUGUUGCUCUGUGUCUGCGA